CUCUGUGGCUAACACGUCUGAGGUGGGGUGUACCCAGAGGAUCCUUGCACUCCCUGACUGGUUAAACGCACUCGGUGGGGUGGGCGGUGCAGACAUCACUCAAGGAGCACUCGGAGGAACACUAGUUGUUUGAGGGUUCAGUGGCAAUCGGAUUUCUACAAACUUUCGUGUUCAAUAUUUACGUUAUUCUACAAAAUACAGCUUUGCAAAGGUUCGAAAAUGUCACAAAAAAUCAAGGCUGGUUCAGUGGUUGAAAUGCAGGGAGAUGAGAUGACAAGAGUUAUCUGGGACUUGAUUAAGGACAAACUCAUCCUGCCCUAUGUGGAGAUGGACCUACACAGCUAUGACCUGGGAAUGGAGAACAGAGAUGCCACUGAUGACCGGGUCACAGUGGAAGCAGCCGAAGCCGUCAGGAAGUACAACGUGGGGAUCAAGUGCGCCACCAUCACCCCAGACGAGAAGAGGGUGGAGGAGUUCAAGCUGAAGAAGAUGUGGAAGUCGCCCAACGGGACGAUUCGUAACAUCCUGGGGGGCACCGUGUUCAGGGAGGCGAUCAUCUGCAAGAACAUCCCACGACUGGUACCCGGCUGGCUCAAACCCAUCAUUAUCGGCCGUCAUGCUUUUGGGGACCAGUACAGAGCUACAGACUUCGUGGUCCCCGGCCCAGGAAGAGUUGAAAUGAUGUACACCCCAAAGAGUGGCAGCCAGCCAGUCACAUACCUUGUGCAUGAUUUUGAAGAAUGCGGUGGUGUAGCUCUGGGCAUGUUCAACGUGGACCCGUCCAUCAGGGAUUUUGCACACAGCUCGUUCCAGAUGGCCCUGACCAAGAGCUGGCCCCUCUACCUGAGCACCAAGAACACCAUCCUGAAGCAAUACGACGGCCGCUUCAAGGACAUCUUCCAGGAGAUCUACGAAAAGGAAUACAAGUCCCAGUUUGAAGCGAAGGGGAUCUGGUACGAGCACAGGCUGAUCGAUGACAUGGUGGCGCAGGCUAUGAAGUCUGAAGGAGGCUUUAUCUGGGCCUGCAAGAACUACGAUGGAGAUGUGCAGUCUGACUCUGUCGCUCAGGGCUAUGGCUCUCUGGGAAUGAUGACCAGUGUGCUGAUCUGCCCGGAUGGAAAGACUGUGGAAGCAGAAGCAGCUCACGGCACUGUGACACGGCACUACCGCAUGCACCAGCAAGGCAAAGAGACCUCCACCAACCCCAUUGCCUCGAUCUUUGCCUGGACCCGAGGGCUGGCUCACAGAGCUAAGCUUGAUAAGAAUGCAGAGCUGCGCACCUUUGCCACUGCCCUGGAGGAGGUCUGCAUAGAGACCAUUGAAUCCGGCUUCAUGACUAAAGAUCUGGCAGCGUGCAUUAAGGGGCUGCCCAAUGUGCAGCAUUCUGAUUACUUGAACACCUUUGAGUUCCUGGACAAGCUAGCAGAGAACCUGAAGGUGAAACUGACCUCCCAGCCCAGACUGUGAGACCGCCCCGGAACAUCCCCCUGGAACACUGGAGAAUGUAUAAAUAUACAUCUACAUACUGUUGUUUCUGUAUGUUUCUUGUGAUUUAAACAAAACCGUCCUUUUCUAGUAUUUAUGAAAUGGACAGUUUUGAAUAAGAACCAUGCCACCAUUAAUUCUUGUUUGGUUAUAGUAAGAAAAUCAUUAAUAAUUGUUUUUAAACACUAGUGUUACAUUUCCUUUUACAAUCAUGCAAAAUAUUAUGGCUCUAUUAGGAUGCUAAAUCUAACAGUACUCUACACAGGGCAACUGUUAGCCAUGUAUGUUUUCAUUCAUCAUUUCCGCCUCACUGUAAAAGUAUAUAAACUACAAUAUGAAGAGCAGCUGCCUAUUGCCUUUUUGGAACACAAUUCAAAGUUUUUCUACCUAUGUUGCAAGUAUCAUAACUGGGACAGAAGGCCCACUUUUAAAAUAGCUGUGCUAAACAGCUGUUUGGGACUGUCGUUUUUUGUAUGGGUUAGAAUUAAUCUUGGAGUGGAUGAUUUUAAAAAAAACUACAUUUCACUACAUUGAAACAUUGUAACAUGUUUAUAUGCUGCUGUUUUUAUACGAUUUUGUGAUUUUUCCCUUUGCCCCUCCCAAACAAUGCUGAUCAUUUCUAACAUCUGAAACGGUACUCUUUGACACACUGUGGAGACCCUGUAAAGCAGCUUCUCUGGUUAGUUGUGAAUCGAUGCUGUUUAUGUUUGUUCAUUGAUCUUAAAGAUUUCCUUUGAUAAUACGCUGGAUUUCUGUAUUACAACAGAAUAGCCUGGUCUCCUUUCAAUUAGAAUAAAGGGUUGAUUGUUUUCAUUUUAAAAAUGGAUCUCAAGUAUGUUCUUUCAAGUCGUUCUAGUUACGUGGAUAGAGGAAAUUAAACCCUAGUUGAAACUGUUAACUCGUAAACUCUCAAACUUGAAAAUAAAACGACUGACCCAUAUUUAUUUCUCCUAUGGUCUGAUUUUGAGUUCCUUUUUUUCCUAUAAUGAUCGUUGCCACUUUACUGUGUAAGCUAAAAACUAAAAUGUGUACAUGUAUAAGAUGCACUUACUUAUUGUAUGGAACCGUUCUUUAAUACUGUAUCUAAUAAACACAUGCUGCCUACCAGUGGCUUAACUCUCUCCCAGCUUCGGUGUGUGAUGCUCCCACCAUCGCUCUCUAAAUCAGCUCUCAAGACCCAUCUGUUCUCUCUUGCUUUCCAUGCUCUUUAAGCCUGAUAUCUGCUAUUAGCUGCUGUGUUGUUGCUACUAUUUCAUGUAUUAUGCAUUUUUAACUGUAUUGUAUCAGGCAUUGUUUUUUGCUGUGUAUUAUGCACUUCUCUGUAUUUAAAGUAUUAUGGAUUUUCUUAUUACUGCAUUUUGUAAAGCGAUUUCUGAUGGUGGUCCACUAUGAAAGGUGCUAUAUAAAAUAAAGAUUGAUUGAUCAAUA